UAAGCCCCUCCCCUCUGUUCUGAUUGGAUCACGCGUGUGUUAUUAGCUUACAGUACUUCAUAGAGGAGUUAAACACCAGCAUGUUCUAAGCAUCACAUCUGGCGUUUACUAAAAACUCUGACGGUGCACUUCACAUCGGUGUGUCGUGUAUAUGGCCCCAGUUAUCACCAUGACUUCUCAAGCUACUGGGUUUAAAGCGGAAGAACAUUCCCGUGUGAUUCUGGGAGUUAAAGGAGAGAUGCAGACCAGCAUCAGUGUGGAAGAGGACGGAGAACGACCGAAGAUUCUCCCGUUCAGCGUUGAAGCUCUGAUGGCAGAUCGGAGGCCGAACAGCUCUUCCGCCGGGACAUCGCAUACUCUCAUUCCGGAUGCAGAUCCAGAUCGAGCCGGUGCUCGCUUGACAUUUUCUGUUGACGUUCUCAAACUGCACGAGAGCGCGCCGGUAAAGGCGGAGAGCCCAGAGCGCGCGGAGCGGAGCACAUGGAUGCAACCGCCCAGUUUCUCUCCCAGGCGUCUCAGUCCUCCCGCGUGUCCUCUGAGGAAACACAAGACCAACCGAAAGCCCCGGACCCCGUUCAGCACGUCUCAGCUGCUGGCGCUGGAGAGGAAGUUCCGGCAGAAACAGUACCUGUCCAUCGCCGAACGGGCCGAGUUCUCCAGCUCACUCAACUUGACGGAGACUCAGGUGAAGAUCUGGUUUCAGAACAGACGAGCUAAAGCCAAGCGGCUCCAGGAGGCCGAACUCGAGAAACUUAAAAUGGCCACUAAACCGAUGCUUCCUCCGGCCUUCGGGAUUUCAUUCCCAGUCGGCGCUCACGUUCCCGCUUCAUAUUCAGGAUCACAUCAGUUUCACAGACACUCCAUGAGCUUGACUCCGGUGGGACUCUACACACACAUGGGAUAUAGCAUGUAUCAUUUAGCUUAGAAGAUGAUCCAACGCCAAGAAAUGUGACUCUUUCCGAUAAAGUGGAAAUGGUUAUAAUGAUGGCAUUACAUACGGCCUGUACUUUCAGAGAGUUAUGAAACGGAUUUGGUCGAAGGUAGGUCGAGGGAAAGCAGUCUGUAUUCCACACUUGCAUUCACAGCAAUGCGUCUAUAAUCGAACAAACUCGCAUGAAUGUUUUAAACGAACAUUUUAAAGAUAAACAACACUGACUGUUGUUUUAAUGACUCCCUUCGAAAGGGAUAUCUGAACUGUAAAAUAUUGUACAUUUGGACAAAAAAUACCAUUUAUAUGAUGAAUAUAUUUGUUAAAUAAAUUAAUGACAAAUGGCCUAUUUUUUUUUCAUUGUUUGUUCUGCGAGAGUUUUAAAAAACGUGUCCAAAAAAAUGAAACCAAAAUAUUUCCAAAUUUGAUGACGAUUAAAUUCAGUCCAGAAGUGUUGAGUAUUUAAUCUUAAACUCAAAAACUGUAUGUGGUUUCCAUAAAAACACUCGAAUAAACAAAUUCCAAUGUUUUUAAAGAGAAAAAAAAAGUAAAUAAAAAAGAACAUCAAGGCUGGCAUAUGUCAGUGAAAUUUAAAACCACUCAAUAGUUGUACACAUAAUUGCACUUUAUAUUAAUUUGUUGACCUAGAUUAACAUCAAAGUUUUUUUCGGUAAUAGUAAAUAAUCUCUUACAGAAACACAUCUACGUUAAACGUAACCCCAAAAAAGAACAGGCAGUCUUUGAGUGUCGUGGUGAAAGUGCAUUUAAACUGUCAUCUAUCAUCUGGCUGGAGUGUAUUUCCACAGCUGUUGCUUAUUGCUCUGAAAUAACCCACUUAGAUUUUCUUGGCGCCGGUGGAGCUCGGAGAGACCAGCGUCUACAGAACCGUCACUUGUGAGGAGUUCAAACAAGCCAGUUAAAUUAAAGAUUGGACUUAGACCUGAAAUUACCUUAAAUGAUUUGACUGGAAUCCUCUGAAGGGAUGAAAUUACAGUGAGUUUAGAGGACCUGUAAGGCAUAGAGGUCAAUCAAGAGAAAACGUCAACGUUCUGGAUCAAGGUUGUUUCGAUUCAACGCUGAUUGCACAAUCUAGUUUCAACCUCUUAAUUUUCAACAGAUCUUGUUCAAUUUUUAAUAGUAUUUUGUUAACCUUUUUACAACCAUAUAGCUUUUUUUUUUUUUUUUUCAACGAUGAAACAAUUUCAACCACAUUUUAACACUGAAGGACGGUCACAUGUUGGCUAGAUAUUUCAAUCGUUCUAGAGAUAAGAAACAGGAACUGAAACAAGCCUGUGAUUUUCAUGAGAAAACGCAUCGAUUUAUGAAAGAAGAGUUAAUUUCUUUAUGGUCUCUGUGAAGAACGUGAUCUGUCACAGACCCGAGUUCAGAACAUUCCGCUGCUCGGUAAUUAAUAAAAGCCCUAAUGACAAUACGAUGAGAAUCACACGGGUGAGCGCGCGGUCUGAAAGAGGCCGACCUUCUGACAAAAGAUCUGAGGGGGAUCCGUCCUUUCUUUUCACAAGAGCUCGCACUCUCUCUCUCUUCACGCCCCGGGCUAAAAGGGAAACAAAAGUCACUUGUUUUUAUCAUCCAAAAUAUCACAACGGGAAGUUUGCGAAGAGAAUCGGCGCUUCAUUUCUCUGGCGCCACGUCUGUCAGUCUCUGUCUUCAAGGACAAUUUAAAGACUCAAACUGGGAAGUUAUUUCAGCCCUUUCUAGAUUUAUGUACAUUACAGAUGUUAUAUUCUGAUAACACUCCAUGCAUGUCUUCCAGAAACUCCUGCUAUGCUGUACACAUGUAAACCUACGUUUAAUAUAAUCUAAAAAAAGAACCUAAACUAACCUAAAUUAGUGUUAGAGUUAAAUCGUAAAAUUAAUACAUUUGUAAAUUAAACUUGUGAAUAAUAAAUUAUUUUUCAGGAUUACGCAGGUCACUACAAAUAUCUUUAAUAUUAAGUUGCAUUUUAACGAAAUUGAACACAAACAUUCAAAAAGCGUCGGUGCAAAUGUAUUUUAGGUCAAAAUCUUUAGGCUACAGAUAAUUAUACAUUAUAGUAUCUGUUUGUUGUUCUUUCCUUUUAGAGGAGGAUAGAGAUUUUGUAUUCAACGCUCAGGACAUUGUUUUCCCCGAAAGAUUUCCAUGAUAUUUCAAAACUUCAUCUUAUAUUGGUGCUUAUUUUUGACAUCUCAAAUUAAAAUAAACCUUUCUGUUUUUGUCCUGUUAACUCUCGACCCGAAAACUGUUCUUAAACACAAUCUGUAUGUAGUUAUAAAAAAGAGAGAUGAAUAUUGGAAGACAUGCCCAGUAUUAGUAGACCGUUUGUCUGGGAUAUAUUACGUCAUCUAAUUGCGCAGAAUAUUUUCCGUUCAUUGGAAUGACACAAAGUGGAAUAAAACCAAUAAAGCCUGGAUGAAGUAUUCCUAUAGAAAACAACAUCUCAUGAUUCCAGUUAUUUUGGUUUCAAAUUCGCAUCUGCAUUAAAGGCUAAACGUCGCUUGUGGAUUAGAUGUUGUCAUAAAGCUACAGCGCCCCCUGCCGGUUCACGCGACUUUAACUUACAUUAACUCAACAGUAGGCCUACUGAUAUCAAUUGGUAACCAUCACAUUCGUUUCUCUCUUUAAAUAUUCUUUAUUAACGAAUGCCUAUGGUUUCAAUUAUUUAUUUUACACAUGGACGAUGAAAUAUAUUGAAACCGAGACCGCGAAAAAAGAACAAUCUGUACUGUGUACACGCAAUUUACCUCGGCUCGAAAAAUAAUAUGAACAACACAUACGGAUUAAACCAACAACAAUUUUAUCAAUGAGAUUAGCCAUUCUCUUUAUAACUUCAUUCAUGAUAAUGGAAGUCAUUCGGGUGUCGUAAACUGACAACUUCUCAAACUAAAGGCCUAAAGACUGUAUCUGUGAAAAAUCACUAAUCAUUUAUGAGUAAUACAAGUUGUGUUACUGCAGUAAUUGUUUUCAUAAAUAUGUUUCUUUUCCUGGAAACUGAAUUUGAUAUUUAUUUCAUGGCAAUUAAAUUUCAUGAUUUUGCACCAACUGCAGCUCGAACGCUUUCCUUUAAGGUAAGCAACGUAAACAUAAAUGGCCAUGUAAAUAAAAACCGAUAUGAAAUAGAAAGAAAGAAAGAAAGAAAGAAAGAAAAAAGAAAGAAAGAAAGAAAGAAAGAAAGAAAG